AUGCCUUUAAGAUUAGAUAUCAAAAAGAAACUUUCAACUAGAUCGGAUCGUGUUAAAUCAGUAGAUAUCCAUCCAACAGAACCAUGGAUUUUAGCAAGUCUUUACAAUGGUAAUGUUUUCAUUUGGAACUAUGAAACACAGAAUAUGGUAAAGUCAUUCGAAGUGUCACCAGAGAAUCCGGUUCGUGCAGCCAAGUUCAUCGCUAGAAAACAAUGGAUCGUCACCGGUAGCGACGAUACUAAUAUGCGUGUCUACAACUACAACACAAUGGAGAAGAUCAAAACGAUCGAAGCACACGGUGACUAUAUCCGUUGCAUCGUGGUGCAUCCCACACAACCCUAUGUCCUGACAUCGUCGGACGACAUGUCCAUCAAGCUCUGGGACUGGGAGCGCAACUGGCAGAACAUCCAGAUCUACGAGGGACACUCUCACUACGUGAUGUCGAUCGCUAUCAACCCGAAGGACACCAACGUCUUUGCCACUGCAUCGCUCGACAAGUCGAUAAAGGUGUGGGGACUGCACACUUCGCAGCCGCACUUCACCCUCGAGGGUCACGAGAAGGGUGUCAACAGCGUCGAGUACUUUAUGGGCGGUGAGAAACCCUAUUUGAUUUCCGGUGCCGACGACAAGACCGUCAAGAUUUGGGACUACCAAUCAAAGACCUGUGUGCAGACACUCGAGGGACACUCGAACAACGUGUCGGUCGUCUGUUUCCAUCCGGAACUCCCACUGAUUCUCUCGGGUUCCGAGGAUGGCACCGUGAAGCUCUGGCACUCCUCGACCUAUCGUCUCGAGAAAACAUUGAACUACGGCAUGGGACACGUCUGGGCAAUGAACUUUUUGCGUGGUUCCAACUUUAUUGGAUUGGGAUACGACGAUGGAACCGUUGUGUUGAAGCUCGGAAAGAAUCGUCCACCCAUCUCGAUGGACAGCACCGGUAAGAUCAUCUGGGCACGUCACAACGAGGUGCAAAUCUCCAACUUGAAAACAACAUUCGAACAGGAAGUACAAGACGGUGAAAAGUUGAAUGCACUUCAAGUCAAGGAUUUGGGUAACUGCGAAAUCUUCCCACAGAAACUACACCAUAACAGUAACGGUCGUUUCGUCGCCGUCUGUGGUGACGGUGAAUUCAUCAUCUACACUGCUUUGGCAUGGCGUAAUAAAUCAUUUGGUUCUGCAUUGGAAUUUGUUUGGUCAGGUGUUGAUUCUGGACAAUAUGGUGUAAGAGAGAGUACAUCUAGAAUUAAGGUUUUCAAGAAUUUCAAGGAAACACAUAACUUUAAACCAUCGUUCACAGCUGAAGGUAUUUUUGGUGGUACUCUUUUGGGUGUUCGUUCCAAUAGUUUUGUUUGUUUCUAUGACUGGGAUACUUGUGAUAUCAUUCGUAGAAUUGAAAUCUGUCCAAAGAAUGUAUUCUGGUCAGAGGAUGGUGAAACAUUUGCCAUUACAACAGAGUCAUCUGCUUUCAUCCUUAAAUAUAAUAAGGAAGCAGUUAGAAAAUAUUUAGAGUCUGGACAACCAAUCGAAGAGGAAGGUAUUGAAGAUGCAUUCGAAGUGAUACACGAGAUUGAAGAGCGUAUUGGUACUGCCUGUUGGGUCGGCGAUUGCUUUAUCUACACAAAUCGUUCAAGCAAACUCAACUACUGUGUCGGUACUGAAGUUGUCACCAUUUCCCACUUGGACAAGCACAUGUAUCUCCUAGGUUACAUUCCAGAGACCGGUAGAUUAUAUUUAUCUGACAAGAAUUUAAAUAUUGUUAGCUAUAAAUUACAUAUCGAUGUUAUCAAUUAUCAAACAGCUAUUUUAAGAGAAGAUUUCGAUACUGCUUCAAAGUUACUACCAAAACUCCCACAAGAACAAAGAAACAGUAUUGCACACUUUUUGGAAUCACAAGGUCACAAAGAGAUGGCAUUGGAAGUUUCUUUGGAUUUAGAUCAUCAAUUUGAAUUAGCAAUUCAAUUGGAAAAUCUAAAGGUAGCUCAUGCUAUUGCUCUUAAAUCAGAUUCAGAACAAAAGUACAGACAUUUAGCUGAUCUUGCUUUGACUAUUGGUGACAUUGAACUUGCAGAGAACUGUAUGAAGAAAGCAGAGGAUUUACCAGGUCUUUUGUUAUUGUAUACCUCCACCGGAAAUGUAAAGGGUAUGAACGAUUUGGCUGCAUUGGCCGAGAAGAAGGGUCAAAACAAUAUUUGUUUCCUCUGCAAACUCUUGGUUCCAGGUCAACUCAAGGAGUGUCUUGAGAUUCUGUCGAGCAACGGUGCCUACGCUGAGGCAGCAUUGAUGUCACGUACCUACAUGCCAUCGGAGAUCUCCAGCUCCGUUCAACGUUGGCGUGAGGCACUUAAGUCGAUCAGUCCAAAGAUUGCCGAAUCGUUGGCUGAUCCUGCCGAGUAUCCAAACUUGUUCCCAGGUUACGAAAGUGCCUUGGAGGUCGAAAAGAAGGUGUUGGGAGAGCGUGAACGUCAAGUUGAAUCAGCAGCUGAACUACUCAGCCAACUGGACUUGUCAUCCCCACCAACCAACUCUGCUUCCUCAGCAAAUCUCAUUGAUAUGUCAUCGCCAAUUGAUAACAAUGUACUACCAACACAAACAUCACCAACCCCACCACCAAACAACAGCAAUGACAUUGAUCUUUUGGGUGACCUCAAUACUACCACCGCCGCCGCCACCACCACUUCAGGUAACUCAUCACCUAUUUCAAGCUCAAGCUUUGAACAAGUCAGCACCCCACCACAAACAUCUUCAUCACCUGUAAAGACAACACCUCAAGGAGGACGAGCCAAUCUUUCAUUAGAUCUUGAUGACGAAGACAUUCCUCUAGAUUCUGAUGAAACUCCAAUUGAUAAUCAAAGUAGUUUAAUAUAA